AUGGCUGACUCUGCCCAACAACCCCCGGUUACCGUGACCGCUCCCAAUGGCGACGGGUCCGGCCGCAUAGCUCUCAUUUCGGGCCCGCUGAUCAACUUGAAGAACAUGCACCUCGAGAACUCCCCGCUCUGGCAUGGCAGCGUGUUGAUUGUCACCAAGCCGCACCAGGACCAGCCUCGGCUGCUGUUGCGCCAGGUGGGCUCCGUGUCUGCGCAGACCCAAGCCGAUAGCACCCAGGCGACCCAGAUCCAGGGCCUCAAGCUCUACGAAGACCCCAACAAAGCCUUCUGGCGAUUUAACCUGGCAGUUCCUGUGGAGACGUAUGAGGCGCGCUGGGAGUAUGAUAUUCCCGGGCUAUACAAUGAGUCCGGUGAAACCGUCAACGCGCCCUGGCGCUUUGUGGUUCCGGCAGCCGAGCAGUCCAUGCGCAUCAUGUUCCACUCCUGCAAUGGCUUCUCCGUUGGCACCGACAUGAACGCCUGGGUCGGGCCGAAUCUGUGGAACGACGUGAUGCGCGUUCACGGCGAGAAGCCCUUCCAUGUCAUGGUCGGUGGCGGUGAUCAGAUCUACAACGACGGUAUCCGGGUGGAUGGACCCCUGAAGGCGUGGACGGCCAUCGCUAACCCGCACAAGAGACGCACUCAUGACUUUGAUGAAAAGAUGCGCGCCAGCUGUGACGAGUACUACUACGCCAACUACGUGCGUUGGUACAAUACCGAGCCCUUCCGCACGGCCAAUGGGCAGAUUCCGCAAGUCAACAUCUGGGAUGACCAUGACAUUAUUGACGGUUUCGGGUCUUAUACCGACCACUUCAUGAAGUGUGAUAUCUUCCGCGGCAUUGGUGGGGUCGCGUUCAAGUACUACUGCUUGUUCCAGCACCAUAUCGCUCCCCCCAGGUCGACCUACACCACGGACGCCCCGCAGACCAUGCACGCCGUGAACGGAACCUCUGGCGUUGACCCCCGCCAAUUGGAGAACACCUACGUCCUCGAAAACCAGCAAGAGGACGACUCUUGGAUUCUCGGCAACCGGCCGGGCCCCUAUGUCGAAGAGGUCAGCCGCAGUCUCUACAUGCGCUUCGGUAAGCGCAUUGCCUUUUGUGGUUUGGAUGCUCGCACGGAGCGCACUCGCCACCAGGUGAACUACCCGGAGACUUACGAUGCGCUCUUCAAUCGGUUGGAGAGCGAGGUGGCGGCCGCCAACGGCGACAUCAAGCAUCUGGUCGUCUUGUUGGGUGUCCCGAUUGCGUACCCGCGCCUGGCAUGGUUGGAGAACAUCCUGUCCUCUCCCGUUAUUGCGCCGAUCCGCCUGCUGAACAAACGCUUCGGCAUGGCGGGUGGCCUUUUCAACGAGUUUGACGGCCAGGUCGAUCUGCUGGACGAUCUAGACGACCACUACACGGCUCGCCAGCACAAGCGCGAGCGCAAGAUGCUCGUUCAGCGUCUGCAGGCAUUCGCGAGGUCUCACUCCAUUCGCGUAACCAUCCUGAGUGGAGAUGUCCACCUUGCGGCCAUCGGUCGUUUCUACUCGAACCCCAAGCUGAGCUUGUCUGGCGAGAAUGACCACCGUUUCAUUGUCAAUGUCGUCAGCAGCGCCAUCACCAACAAGCCGCCGCCCAAGGCCGUCGCCAACCUGCUAGCCCGGAGAAACAAGAUUCACCAUUUGGAUAGCGAAACAGACGAGACCCUGAUGCCAUUCUUCGACAAGCAACCCGGCGGAAUCGAGAAGAGCGCCUCGUUUAAUAAGGUGACCAUGCCGUCGCGUAACUUUGCAUGCCUGACCGAGUGCGUCGCCCCGGCCAGCAUUACCGAGCCGACAUCUGCCAAGCUCGAGCGCCCACCAAAGGAUGGCCACGCGCCGCUGCAUACAGGCGAGCAGGGCGCCGGCACGACGCACCGCGCCGCCGACGGGUUCAGCAACAGCGACAUGUACGGUGGACUGGACAUUGCCAUUCGCGUCGAGAUUGACCCGCAGAACCGCCAGGCUGCCACCGAGGGCUAUGGAUUCAGCAUCCCUGCUUUGACGGCGACUGAGGAGGCGCCCAAGUCGUCCCGGCUCGGCCUCCACACGCGCUCGCGCCCAUCUAGCUCGCACCGCCCUUCGACGGCUCACUAA